CAAAAAGCCCAAAUAAAUUGGCUCAUAAAAAAGAACAAAGUUUUCAUCCCGAUGACAGAUGCGUCUCAGACGAAGAAGGAGAUGCCGAAGGGAAACAGCGAGAAAUCUAAGAAGAUAGACAUGGCUGAUAUGGCGUUCAUCGCCUCCAUGAACGAUGACCUUCUCCAUAACAUUCUCUUGAGGUUGCCGGCGAAAUCGUUUGGUUCCGCUUCCUGUGUUAGCCGAUCCUGGAACUGCGUCUGCAAUCGCAUCCUCUCUCGCCCCAAAAUGAUCUCUGCUUUCUCUAGAAAUCCUGAUAAGCUCAGAGCUGCAGAAGAAGUACUUGAUAAGGUCUUGUCUGAGCCAAUUCGGCCAGAUUUUGUGAUUGCAAACAUUACAUGCGGGAGCUUGGAAGAAACUUUGAGACAGAUAACGAAGAGAGUGGGCUCAAGGGUUCCUGUUAUUGUAUCUGUAGUUACUGGAAUCUUGGGAAAAGAAGCGUGCAGUGACAAGCCUGUAGAGGUCAUCCCGUGUGUUGAUAUUGUCUUGCCCGUUCCGAAUUUUGCUAUACUGUUGACGAUCGGCUACUUGCCAGGAGUCAAAGUCGACGUUAUUCCUGCUAUUCAAGCGUUAGGGGAAUCUGAGGCGGCAGUUGCAGACAAAUUUGUGAUGGAUAUCAGGAACUUUGUGUCCGUGGUUUCAGAUCAUACUGCACCAGCUUGUCUUAUACUCUUUGGGGAUGAAUAUCAUGCCACGGAACCCAUCAUUCAAAAACUGGAUUAUGCCAUGCCGGCAGAAACUAUUAUUGUGGGUGAUCCAAAGGGCGAGGGCGAGAUUUUACAUAAACGUGCUAAUGAAUCAAGAAGUGUUCAGCUGCACAGAGACGAGAGCAGAGUUCUUGUAGGUUUAGUCUUUGCAAGAGAUAGACACAGACCCAUUCAGGCUGGAAGAAUUCAGUUUCACGCUGUAAUAUCAGGAGGAAUGUCACCGGUCGAUCUGAGAUACAAGGCAGCCAAUGUCAUUCCUACUCUCCCUAGAUGGACUGCGACACUUUUGACUGCAAAAAGAAGAGGAGAAGCAGAGGUUCUCGAUGGCGAUCAAAUCCUAGAGAACAUAGAAGAGACUUUGGUGGGAAACCCGAGCUGGGAGAAUGAUCCGUAUAUUGGAGUAGUAAAACGAAGAAAAUACUCGAUUGGUUUGGAGAAGAAGCCAAAGAUCAUGGCCUCACUUACAUUUCAUCAAGUGACUGGAGCGGACGAACAGUAUCUUACAGUCAGCGGUGCCGGAAUCAAAACGGGUGACUACUUCCAAGUUUACUUUCCUGAUCUCAAAGUGGCUGAAGCAUCACUAGAUGCUGUUUCUUCUCAGCUUAGGAACCUGGAGUCUAAGCCGAACAAAACGGAAGUUGUAGGAGGUUUUGUUUUUGCCGAUAGCGGACGCGGCGACUCCUUCUUUGGUCGUCCAAACGCAAACAUCUCACCGUUUCUAGAGAACUUCCCGGAGUUACCGUUUGGCGGCAUAUCCUGCAACGGUGAAAUCGGACGCAGCUUAUUCGUGGAGGAAGGAGAGGAAAAUGAAGAAACUAGCAUCCGAAGAUGUUUUCACUCUUAUAGUUCAGUCUAUUUCAUCGUCUCGUAUACUUCUCAAUGUUGAGGUGUCUUUGUUUUAUGCAAGUUACUUAUUAAUUUUUUUUAUUUCAAAUCAUAUGGGUAUAAAUUUUAUUAAGACAAGCAGUCAAUCAUAUUAGUCGAACAGUCGCAACGCUUGAUGCUAGAGGACAUUUGACGUAUCAGUUUACAUCUUUUGUUGGUGGCGGCGGCGUCAGAUAAAUAGGUGCUGGCCGUCCCUCCGUAGACAUCUCUCUUGCAUCACCCUUUGGUGGCGGCGGCGUUGGCCAAGUUGGCCUUCCCUCCGUAGACAUCUCUCUUGCAUCACCCUUUGCUGGCGGCGGCGUUGGCCAAGUUGGCCUUCCCUCCUCUCUCGCAUCACUUAAACAAAAUGCAACGACUGUUAGAGCGACCAAGAAGACAAGCUUGACAUUCAUUUUCUCCUAAUGCUAAUCUGAUUUAUUUUUCUCUUUGUGGUUAACAAAUGAUCUAGAUUGUAAGUGAUGAUGACAGAGCUCGGAUUCUCUUCUUUAUAUUAAGGGGGGGUUACAUACUUACAUGC